AUGACCCCCAUCUCUUCCCCAGCACCUGCCGUUUUCACAUUUUCCAAACGCCAGCCAUCUCGAUCACCUCCUCCUAACCGCCGGGCAACUCUGCCCCCCCCUUCUCCCCUCAAGAUCGUACUCCGCUCCAUACACUCCAGUAAACCUUGGCACGUUCCAUCCCCUGAGCUAGCCAGGUGGGAUUACAGUGGUGGUGGUUGCAGAUCAAUCCAUCGUACAGAAACGGGGGCGGGGGAGUUAUUCCCGCGCAGUGCGGCGGCGCAGAGUAGGGGGAGGGAAGAUCCAAUCUCCCCAGCAAGCAGCGGCAUUAGGCGUGGAGACGUGAGAGAUGGGGGGAGGUGA